UGGAACGGUUACGACCCCAACGUGCACAUGGGAAUGUCCAGCGGUUUCCAGUCCGCUGCUUUCCGAUUCGGGCAUACUUUUAUACAGGGAAUGGUACGAAGGUACAACAAGUUUCAUGAAUUUGUGGGUGAAGAUCCUCUUAGAACUCUUCUACGUCAGCCUUACAUCUUCUACGAACCCGGUAAGAUUGAUGAGCUCAUCGGUGGCCUUAUCAACACCCCUGCUCAAGUAUACGACCCCUUUAUAACCCAAGAGGUAACGAAUCACUUGUUUCAAGUGCCCCCUAUGCCGUUUGGAAUGGACUUAGUGGCCUUCAACCUGAUGCGAGGACGCGAAACAGGAGUACCCGGAUAUAACUUCUACCGAGGAUGGUGCGGUUUGGGAAGAGUCAAAACAUUCGAGGAGUUGGAGCCACUGAUGAACAACGGCACUGCCCUCAAGUUUGCUCAGGUGUACAAACAUCCAGAUGAUAUUGAUCUUUGGAGCGGUGGAAUUUCAGAGCGCCGCCUACCGGGAAGUUUGAUUGGACCAACUUUCGCUUGCAUUAUCGCUCGUCAGUUCGCGAAUGUAAAAAAGGGGGAUCGUUUCUGGUACGAAAACUCGGGAUUCCCAUCUGCAUUUACUCCAGGUAACCUUUCCUGCAUGGUUUGA